GCCAUCCCUCCCUAAACCUAUCACAGUGUGGGAAGUAAACGUGUGCCACCUAUGAAGUCAGCAGUCCCCCAACCCCCACCCUUAACACAUGUUCAGCAUCCUCUGGGCAGCACUGAGACACAGCUGAGAAUUAGAGACAGAGAGAGAGAGAGAGAGCAGUGAAGUGGAAAUAUGGGUGAGCGUCAGGGAAAGACAGAAAUAGAGCAAUAAAGCAGUGAAUUUAGUCAGAGAGAGAGAGAGAGAGAGAGAGAGAGUAGAGGAGGAGGAGGAGGAGGAAUAGAGACAGUCUCUUCUCAGAGGAUGUGAUGCUUUGUGCAGCCAAGGCUGUAUUUGUGUGUGUGUGGAUGUAAGAAUCGCCUUGGAUUAGCUGCCACCCCAGAGACCUGCGCGGUGGACUUGUUUGCAUACGGAUCCCAAAACAGCAGCAGACAGAGGAUGCGACAGCAGCUGGACACUGGGAUCCAUGUGGGCCUGUGACGUCUGCACUCGCCUCCGUGGUCGCCUGUUGUCAUCCGCUUGUGAGAAUGGCUCCAGCAGCAGCAGCAUCAUCAUCAUCAGCAGCAGCAGCAGCAGCAGCACUGACCCAGAUUGUGGCACACGGUCGGUCUGUGAACGCGAUGCAGUCGAGACGAGCCCCACACCUCGGCAGUGACCGCUCGGCCCGCUGCGUCUGCUGACAUCUGUCUCCGUGGAUACGCACAACCACUGGCGGGCGACGCCGCAGAGGCUGAUCCAUAAUAAUAAUCCCAGCUGGAGAAAAACAACAUCUGGGUGUGGAGAGAAGGGAGAGGGAGAAGUCUCAGUGGGUGGGGGGUGGGGGUGCGGUGGUACGGCAGAUGGUGACACUGCAGCAGCACUUCUCCAGCAUGGAGGAGACAGUGCAAACACUACUACAGAACCAGGACUCACUGGACGGCCCCAAGGUCGACCCACUGGACCUCAUGAAAGCAUACAAGGACAAACUCUUAGAGGAAAUGUGGAAGCAGCAGGACAAUCUGGAGGCUCCUGCAGCCGCGGCAGCAGACGUGCCCGCCUCGCCCGAGGCCAGCGGUGGAUCUGAGGAGAAUUCAAAGGACAGCAAUCCCCUGCUAGAGCGACUCAGAGCCCUGGAGGUGGAGAAUUCUGCUCUGUCGAUGGAAAAUGACAAUCAGAGGAAGCAGUACGAGCGCUGUCUGGAUGAGGUGGCGAACCAGGUGGUCCAGGCUCUUCUCACACAGAAGGACUUGAAAGAGGAAUGUGUGAAGCUGCGGACGCGCGUGUUUGACUUGGAGCAGCAGAACCGAAUACUGAGCGUGCUGUUCCAACAACGUGUCAAAAUGUCCACGAGCCCCGUCUCCCAGGAGGUCCAAAGAAAUGGAAAAGCGAGUAUUCCUGCGGGAAGGUGGCCCAGCCUGCUGAGCCUGACUUGCCCACGCAGUAGUGGCAGUGGCAGUGGCAGUGAUCUGUCACUAUCCAGUGGUUGUAGUGAGUACUCCAGUGGCUCCCAUACAUGGGCAGAAGGACGUGGCUUCUCAAAGCUGUGCGCUGCAAGCCGGGACAAAAGGCUCAGUACUGGCUCAGUAUCCAGUAAUCAUUCAGCACCCUGUGCACAGCAGACUGAGCUUGGAUGGAAAGAAGGCCACAUUCUGAAAGGCCUGAAGCAUCUCCAAAUGAGCAGCUCGAAGGAAAUGUCCUCAAAUGCAUCAAAUGCACCACACUGCAAAGAUUGUAUGACCUCAAAUGAGGGCAUAUACUCGCUUGGUGUUAAGUUUUUCCCACCAGGAGCUACAGCCAAACAAGUAGCUCCUAUGAGUAAAUCUUUUAAAGCUGGAGAAAGGAUCACUGCACUGGACUCUGACGAUGCAGAUGACGAAUCAGCUAAAUUAAAAAGAAGGGAUUCUGGUGAUCAACCAACGAAUGAGCUUCUGUGCUUGGAAAAACUAGCUGUUACUAGGGAUGAAGAUGGCAAUUUGCUUGUCGACCCAGUGAAACUUUCUGAAAAUUCCGGUCUUUUUCCUUCACCUGUGAUGGACAACUUCUUAUUUUUGGAAGGUCCCACAGUAAAACCUGGUGUAAGCCCGACAGAUACCCUUGCACACAGAGAGGAAAAAAAUGAACACUCACUAGAAAAAAACAGAGCGUCAAGCACGAAAUUCAGUGACAGGAACAAUAACCACGAAAAGUCUGCUGAUCGUAAAUCCAGACUUGAUCUCGUCAAGAGACAGCAGGGCAAAUAUGCCAUCAAGCAAAUAGAAGACGGGACAAGAGAUGUGAACUUGUCUAUACCACAUACUGCAACUAGAGCUCUUAGCUGUGUGAACGAAGCCAGACAGCGAAGCUCCUCAGUGGAGGUUACUCACUGCAGAGACCAGGUGGCUCAAGCUGACGGUAGCCAAGACAACACAAUCUCAGAAUCCCCGCAGAGGAAACCAAAACCUCAGCCAUGUGAGUCGGCAAGAAAGGCUUUUAUUUUGCGAAGCAAGAGUGCAGAUGGAGGACCGGAGCAAGCAAAGCACACACAUUCUCCUCUCCAUCAAAAGCUUAUUAAGGGUCCCAGGUCCAAAGGACAGUCAAACACUACAGGUCAAAGUGUCCCUAGCAAAAGGACAAAUGUCAGUACAACACACACUUCAAGCAAAGGAGCAUUAUCUAAAGCUGAGAAAGAAGAGGAUAUUGUAGUAUCAAAGAGUUCCAAGUCUCUCGAGAGUGUGCAGCACUGCUCUCCCCUUGCUUCCCCUGUGAAAUAUUCAAAGACCUUCAACAAGCCACCAGGAGUCAACGAGAGCUCAGAGAGCCCCGUGAAAUUGGCUUUGCAAAUUACAAGACCUCAGACAAGCAACGACCCUGUGGAAGAGAGCAUGUAUGAAAACCUCUGCUCGCCACAAAAACAACAACGCCAAGGCCAGCACAGUGAUGUGGCCCAUUCAGAACAUACAUCUACACCCCCUCCACCACCACCACCAGGUCGUACUUCUUCUCUCCUACUUAGACCAAGUUGUGAGUCCUCUGGAGGUCAGGCUCAAAGCUCUUCCACUCUAAAGACACCACCAGGCACCUCAGAGCCACAGUCUUAUCAGCUUUCUCCUGCUUUGCAGCCUCAGUCCAGUUCAACAAAAGACAAUCAAUAUGUAGAACAACAAAUGGGCGCUGAAAGUAAGCCACUGAAGGAUGGCCCUUCUAAUCUCUACCAUACCCACACUUCCAAGGCCACGCCUGUCUCAGGACAAGAAUCUCAAGUGUCAGUGUCAAGACAGUUAUCUAUGGACAAACCUAUUAUAUGUCAUGAUGAAACUUGGGCUCCCUCAAUCCUACCAACUCAGAGCAUCUUACAAAGAUCCCAACAGAGCGUUAGUGAGCCAAAACUUUCUGAAGUCUUACCGCAGUUAUAUUCUAAUGUUUACUACCAUGGGACUUCCAAUAAUUCCCACAGUUCCACCUCAAGAGCUGUAAAAAUGGCUCUUCCUGUAAACACUAGAUCUAAUGAGGCAAUCACAGGACAGGAGAACAAUCAUUUUCUUGUGUUCACAAGGCAGAACAUUGACAAUACAAACUCUACUUCGAAAAGUGUCCAGGCUUUUCAGACUUUCAUGUGUGAUCCCCAGAUGUCACAUGAAUGUGGUGCUCAUGACAAGGCCCGCAGGAAGAUUGACACCCGCUGUAACUCACUGGAUUCUGAGCCUUCAGUUUACCCUGUUGCAUCAGACAGUGGUGUGAUGUUAGACUGGGGAUUUGAUGAGGAAGGCUGGCUAUUUAAAAGAUCUGUGUCAGUUUCCACUAGACCUCUUCUUAAGCCAGUGAUGGGCAUGAAUGGGGCCAAGGCUCGUAGCCAGAGUUUUGGUGCACGCUACAUGGAUAGACCAAGCUUCAACAGAUCUGGAAAGGUCCGCACCCAGAUAAAAACACAAUCAGGGAGCUCCCUAAACUCUCUUGGUGAUGUCCUCCCAGGAAGUAUGAGUUGCUCCAGCAGCUACCAUUGUCCCAUGAAUCGAUCUCUUUUGAACAACUUCAUGAUUGAGGAAGGCCUGACAGGUCCUUCAUAUUUGGGGUCCUCCAGUGAAAGACUGCAAAGUCUGAAACUCCAGCGGGAGCAGGCAAGGCGCAUUCAAAUUGAGCAGCAGUUUUCAAGCGCCUUUGGUGAGCCAGUCUCUGAAGAGCCAGAGGGAAGUACUAUAACCACAAUUGAAGAGAAAGUGAUGCUCGGGAUAGAGGAGAACUUGCACAAGACUCAAGAACAAGAGAGAACCACUGAAGUGAAACAGAAAUCAGGCUCAACCUUGGCAAAUUGGUUUGGUUUUCGAAAGAGUAAGCUUCCUGCGCCAAGUGGCAAAAAGACUAUUCCACCUAAAGUCAAAGAGGAGAAGAGAGAGCAAAAGAUUACGUCCCUUCUGGGAGGAAAACAGGCAAAGUCUGACAAAAAGAGGGAGAGAAGAAAAAGUGAAGGAAAAGACUGCUCUGUCGGGAGAAGAGAGUCUCAUGAUGCAGUGCGGGCCUGCAUAUCAAUGCCAUGUCCAGGAAUGUCCCUGAAUGAGAUACAAGGGCAUACGGACAUCACUGGGGACCCGAAGAUGAGCCAGAGAGGAGAAAGUGAGAAUGGAUCUACUGUGAAGAACACCAACCAGGAAGCACUCAUAGGCUCCGGCUGCAAGAUGCGAACGUUGGACAGUGGGAUUGGGACCAUCUCCCUGCCUGAAUCCUGUUCCUUCUUCUCCUCCAUACUGCAUCUCCUCCCCAAAUCCUCACCAACCCCAGAACAGUCCCUCAGUCCUCCCAGUGGCCCCGGCUCCUCCAGCGAGGACGUGUCUCCUUCCCCGUUACCCCGGUGGAGAAUCCCCGCCAGCUUUAAGGACAGAGGCCACACGGGGAUGCCCAACUCCCUGUCCGACUCAUCCGUGGCCCUUAUCCCGUCAGUGCCUUUCCCCACUGUGGCCUUCCUUCAGCCCAUCCAACCCCAGUCUGAACCCAUUGUGACAUCUGCCAGUGUGUGUGAUACCCAGAGCAGACUCCCCAGACCAGCAAAAGGUGGAAUGGAACCAAAGAAGUUAACGUACAUGAAAUCGUCGAAUACUCGAGCGGCUCCGAGCCAACAGACAGAGCAGACGAGGCUUCAGCUCGCUAACUAGUUUCCGAAGUGGAAUGAGUCAUCCGGGGUCGAAGAAAACCGAACAGUCACUUGGAUUUAUCACUUUCAGUCCCCACAGUUUGGACUCUUGUGUGUUGUGUUUGUGAGGAUGAAAACUCCACAGCGCCUGGCACCGCUGGCUUCCUCAUGUGCUCAGCGUCGAGAGGAGAGACUCUGUAGCCUUUUCAGAUGUUGCAGUGAACACACUGGGAGCCAUUUUGGAGGAUGGGCAGCUCGCUGGCAUCAGCUGUGAACACCUGGUACCACUCUGCUGCAUCACUACAGUCACAUAGACACCAUUCAUUUCAUUUCACCCCUGACAACAAACACUGAGCGUUCAAAUUAAUCUGAAAGUUAGUGGCUGCACAUGUUGACUACCAUAAUCUAACUAAACUCAAGCGGAACAUGCACCAAUAUUAUUAGAGAAUGAAGUCAGAACUGUGACCCAGUGAAUGCAUGUACUGCACAGAGUUGACACCACUGCACAGAAGUCACUGGCUAAGCAAUCUUGACGGUACCGGUAUCGUAUUUCACUCAACUACGUCAACAACAAAUCCAGAGUUCUCAUCUCGUUCUCUAGUCGGUCGGUGAAAACAUCACACAGUUCUUUGUGUUUACAUUACAUUAUGUCGAUUUUUGGAACACGACACAUCACGCAUGCAGUGGAAUCCCGGGGGUGAUCGUCAGGUCAUUUGGGGGUCAUCACUCUCUCUCUGUCCUGACUCCUCCCACCAGAUUAGCAUGAGCGGAUGACAAACAUGAAACAUGAAGGACAAACAACCUCAUUGUAUAGCACUUAUCAUCCAACUCUCUUGCAGCGUGAUGCGGCGGCAGCAGCACUGAUCUGCAGCAUCUCGUGCACCUCUGUCGUGCACCCGUUAAAAAACAAAAUAAUAUAAAAUUCUCUAAAUACUCCUAUGUUUUCAACUCUGUGCACUCAUCAGUGCUGCACAAUAAAACGUUGUUAAAAUUAAAUUAAUUGAAUCGGGAAACUGAGGGAACUUCUUUCAUCAAAUCUGUUUUUUUUGACUCCCUGAUGACGGCUCGAGGCUGAGAAGUGUUUGUUGUAAUCGGUUCAACGUGACCACGCCACCACAUUAAAGGCAUUUUUAUUCGUUUUUAAAAGAGAGUGCCUUGGAGUUUUUCCUUCGAACUUUGUUUUCUACACGUUUCCCAUCCAAAGAGCACCUCUUAUUAACCUCUCAUGUGAGACCAAGAAGCGCUCCUAAGAGCCAAAGAGAUGCAGUUUCACAACAGUUCAAUCACGGGUUUACAGGCCCGGCACGAGCAGACCAGAAUCCAGAAUGGCUCCGGCAGCUGUGGUCAGUGUCGGGGGUAUUCUGUCAUGACACAUAUGCAGGACUCCUGCGGGAAACCUUGCAGAACAAAGGUGGUGAUGAUGUAGCUCAGUCAACGAAGCAAGAUCUUCUGUAGAUUUACUGUCGCUGAUGUAGUUUUUAGAAAAAAAGGCACCAAACUGAUUUCCUGAGAUUCCCGAUGUACAGCACUUACAUACUACUGAUUGCCAAUCAUGAGCUCUAUAUCUCACAGAGCAACGUGCAACUCUUUAAAGUGUGCAAUAACUUGUUGUAUGCUUCUUUUUUUUUUAAAUUCACUGUUAAUAUCAACCUGCAUGCAGCCAGUUUUCUGGCGUAUUCUAACCACGAAAUGCACCGUAUGAACCGCCGUACCAGGUUAAAAACUCGAUGUGCACUAGACGAGUAUUUAUGAAGUAAGGCACACAAGCUGUAAGUAAAACCAUGUACAGUGAGGCUGACUGUCACGCCUGCAGUUACCCUGUAGUUGUUGUUUUUUUAAAACAGUGAUGAUCCCUUGAAAUGAAGCUGCACUCUGAUUUUAUUUAUUUAAAUUGCCAUAUCAUAUUAUAUUAAUCAUUAUACAGUAUAUAUAUAUAUAUAUAUAUAUAUGUUGAUAUUAUCAUAAGCUAUUUUUCCACAGUCAUGACAUCGAGACAGAGCAGUGAGUUGUUGCAUGUAACCUUGGCUGUGAAGCUCCCAGCAGGCGCACAAUUAUCGUGGACAUUGUUUUGCAAGCUCAGGGAAAAUACAAUCUUUUAUUUUGUCUCUGAUAGAUGCUGUGGAUUAAUAUGUUUAACCAUUUCACCGCAGCCGUGACAAUCCGUGUGUCACUCGUUCAUUCGUUUUUCAAAAUAAAAUGAAAAAACGGACAAUGACCGAUAUUUUGCUCAAACGAAAAAAUAAAGAAGAAAAGAUGUUCACAGAUUUGAAAAUUUCGCGAUUAGUAACAUUUAAAUGAAACAUUGUUGAAUCAUAGACAACGUAGACAACAAGCUACAGCCUUCGUUUUCAUCAAAAAGAGCCGUCUUCCGAGCUCGAGUGCAGCGACUGUCUACAAAGUGCAACACCCGAAAAGGAUAUUUAAAAAAAAUAGAAUUCAAUAACUUUACCAUAAUACAGCGUAGUGUUGUUGUGAAACUUUGUGAAAACGUCACUUAAGUCUCCUGCAGGCCGUACUACACCACUCAGGUUUUUAAAAAAAUAAAAAUAAAAAUGAAAUAGCAAAUACAAAAUGACUUACUGACAGACAGAGAUAUAUAUAUACGGAUAUUUUCUCCAUGGUCAUGUCUUCUGGUGUCAGAGUUACCCUUUUACUUCCAGUGAAAAGCAAGAAAAUGUCAGUUUUAUGAUCAGGGGAGAGCAUGUGAAGCGAAAUGUUAUCCUUUUUUGUUUUUUUUCCAUUUGAGCAGAAUAUCAGAAAUUGGGGGAAAAAAAGAGUCAUUAUCCAUUGUUUAUUUUGAAAAAUGAACGAUACACGGAUUCAUAACUCACCAGAUUUUACUGUAUUCAAACUUUUUUGUCUGUACAUUUAACCGUAAACAUGUUGCACCCACUCUCUCUCUCUCUCUCUCUACUAUGUCCUUUACAGUGAUGUUUUUCAGUGUCAUGCCACUCCCGUGUAGAUAUUUUGCCAAAAUCUCAUUAUUGCCAAACACUGCUCUGAGCUAAUCACAUUAUACAGAGAAUGAAUGCAACUUAAUCUACAUAUCAGACUUGUCAUGGUGACUAUAGCCAUAAUCUUUUUUUGAAGAAAUAGAAUCAGUUUACACGUGAUGUAGAGCUAAAAAAUAAUAAUAAUAAUAAUAAUUAAAAAAAAGCACUGUAAAUGUUGCACAAUGCCAUUAUUAUUUAUGUCAUCUUAUUGUAGUUACCUCGUCUUGGAUCUUGCUACACGUACGCGUGAUGAGGUCAUACUUGUGUAUAAAUAGCAGCAGACCAGUUUAAAUGAGAUAUGUAGCGUUGUACAGGUGAAGCGAGGCGGCGGCGGCGGCGGUGGAUCAGGGAAAAAGGAUCGUCUGCACUGACAUACGGGUAGAUGGAGCAUGAUGUCUGUGUUUUUCAAAAGUGGCUCACAUAACGACGAGCGUGACUCUCGCGAGAGUAUUGUAUUUUUCUAACACGUACUCUGACGCCCUGUAUUUGUACUCAGCACUGACGAGUGUACUUUAAUAUUUAAUGCACAUUAUUGUUGCUCACUAUUACAGUAAUUCUUCCUAAAUGUUUUUCUUUUUCCCGGUGCCCAUUAAUAACAGUGAUGUUCCCGUGUGACAGUCAUCUUAGCAGUUACCCUUCCUCCAAGAAUUGUAUAUUACUGAUAUUCUAUGUUUUAUGUCAAAUUUAAAAAAAAAGAAAGAAAAAUAAACUAUUUCACUACUUACAGUA